AUGGUCGGAGGAAGGGACAUUGGAUUGUUCGUUGGCGGAUUCACGAUGACUGCCACAUGGGUUGGUGGAGGCUACAUCAACGGGACAGCAGAGUACGUGUAUCUUCCAGACUAUGGACUGGCCUGGGCACAAGCUCCGUUUGGAUACGCUCUCAGUCUAAUAGUGGGGGGCCUUUUCUUUGCCAAGCCCAUGCGUUCUCGAGGAUACGUCACUAUGUUGGACCCAUUCCAGCAGCUGUACGGGAAGAGGAUGGGUGGACUGCUCUUCAUCCCUGCGCUCAUGGGGGAAAUCUUCUGGUCAGCCGCCGUUUUGUCUGCCCUGGGAGCUACCCUGAGCGUCAUUGUGGACAUAAACAUCAACAUGUCAGUCAUCAUUUCAGCGCUCAUAGCCAUCUUCUACACUCUGGUGGGAGGGCUGUACUCUGUGGCCUACACAGAUGUGGUCCAGCUCUUCUGUAUUUUUCUAGGACUGUGGGUCAGCGUGCCUUUUGCCAUGUCCAACCCGGCCGUGACAGACAUCGGCAUCACCGCUAAAGAAGUGAUCUACCAGAGCUCGUGGCUGGGGAAGAUUGUGCCUGAGGACAAGUGGCUGUGGGCGGAUAACUUCUGUCUACUAAUCAUGGGCGGGAUUCCGUGGCAGGUGUAUUUCCAGAGGGUUCUUUCAGCGUCUUCAGCCACAUACGCACAGGUGCUCUCCUUCCUCGCUGCGUUCGGCUGCCUCGUCAUGGCUGUGCCCUCAGUGCUUAUUGGAGCCAUAGGAGCCUCCACUGACUGGAACCAGACUUCUUAUGGAUCUCUCGCACCAAAGGAUAAAGAUGAAUCCGACAUGAUUUUACCCAUCGUCCUCCAGCACCUGUGUCCGCCCUACAUUUCCUUUUUUGGAUUGGGGGCGGUCUCAGCAGCGGUGAUGUCGUCUGCAGACUCAUCCAUCCUCUCCGCCAGCUCCAUGUUCGCCAGGAAUAUCUAUCAACAGACCUUUCGACAGUUGGCAUCGGACAGUGAGAUAGUUUGGGUGAUGCGCUGCACAAUCUUUGUCUUUGGAGCUGCUGCCACCGCCAUGGCUUUGCUCACCGGAUCCGUCUACGGCCUCUGGUACCUGAGCUCAGAUCUGGUUUAUGUCAUCAUCUUUCCACAACUCCUCUGUGUGUUGUUCGUCAAAGGGACAAACACAUAUGGCUCAGUUGCUGCUUAUGUUUUUGGACUUUUGCUGCGCAUCGGUGGAGGGGAACCCUACCUCAAACUUCCCCCAUUCAUCUACUACCCCGGGUGGGUUCAGCAAGAGAGGGUCCACCAUCUCACUGGGGACGUGGAAUAUUUCAUCCAGCAACGAUUCCCAUUCAAAUCUAUUUCCAUGCUCGCGUCCCUGCUGGCUAACAUUGCCUUUUCAUAUCUGACUAAAUAUCUAUUUGAAAGCGGCAUGCUGUCUCACAAGUAUGACUUUUUGGAUGCGGUGGUGUCCAAGCAUAGCAAGGAAAUUAUGGACAAGGCUACGCUCGUUAGCAACCACGAUAAUAUUACAUUAGCGGAGAUGGCACCGGUCAGACAAGUCCUGGGAGCGACGCUGGCUGGGACUUUUACAAACAAUGAGAUACUGAGCGAUGACGGCGAAUCCAGUCCAGAACCUUUUCAAAAUGAGAACUAA